GGCUUCCGUUCCUCUGGCGGGCGGGACGAUGGGCCCUUGACACCAUGGCCACCGGGCGGGUAGAGACUCUAGAGUCUGAGAUCCCUGCGAGGCCCAGUGCCCCGGCGGGACCGGAGGCUACCUUCGACGCGGAAGCGGCGGAGCUGCUGCCCUUCCUGACUCAGGGUGCGCGCGCGGACCUGCAGGCGGCGGCGGCACAGCAUGUGUUGGCGCUAACCGGCUCCGGGCCCGGCCGCGCCCUCUUGGCCAGGCAGGCGGAGCUGCUGAAGGCACUAGCUGUUUUGGCGGCGGCUGCCGGCUCGGCCCCGGCCCGCGAUGCCGCGCGUGCGCUGGUGAACUUGGCUGCAGACCCUAGCGUGCAUGAGCAGCUGUUGGCGGCCGACCCCGUGUUACCUACCCGUCUGCUGGGCCGCGCGCUAGACCCUCAGUGGCCCUGGGCAGACGAGGCGGCAGCUGCUCUGGCCAACCUCAGCCGCGAGCCAGCGCCUUGCGCUGCGCUUAUGGGGACACUGGAGGCGGCGGCGAAGUCAGGAUUGGGUUUGGAGAGACUGUUAUGUGCACUGUGCACGCCUGGCUACAACGCGUGCGCGCCCCUGCAUCACCUGGGGCCUCUACUAUCUAACCUCAGCCAGCAGCCUGCGGCGCGAGCCUUCUUGCUGGACCCAGAUCGGUGUGUGAUCCAGCGGCUGCUGCCCCUUACCCAAUAUUCAGACUCCUCGCUGCGCAGGGGCGGGAUAGUAGGUACCUUGCGAAAUUGCUGCUUCGAGCACCGUGAGUGGUGGGGCAUCACGAGUGGUUGCUGGGGCCCGACGUUGACAUUCUUCCCUUUUUAUUACUGCCCCUGGCCGGCCCUGAGGAGUUCUCAGAGGAAGAGAUGGACCGUGAGUGCCCUAGGGCUUCCUGUUGAUCUGCAAUACCUGCCACCAGACAAGCAGCGAGAGCCAGAUGCUGACAUCCGAAAGAUGCUCAUUGAAGCUAUCAUGCUGCUGACAGCUACGGCACCUGGUCGGCAGCAGGUGCGGGACCAAGGAGCAUACCUGAUCCUUCGAGAGCUGCACACUUGGGAAUCAGAGCCUGAUGUGCAGAUGGCCUGUGAGAAACUCAUCCAGGUGCUUAUUGGGGAUGAACCAGAGUGUGGCAUGGAAAACCUGCUGGAGGUACAAGUGCCUGAAGAUGUGGAGCGGCAGCUACAGCAGUUAGAUCGCCAGGAGCAGGAGCAGUUGAAACAGCAGCAACUGGAGUUGGCUGGAGAGUCAGGGGGGGAGGGGCCUACACUUCGCUGAGGCCCCUGGCUGCCUGAUGCCAGUUCCAGAGCCGCCUCUGCCAGGUUUCCUAUCCUCAGCCUGUUCCCUGUCACUCUAAUCCCCUUGAUCAGAGGUUGUGCCUUGGUAAGAAGCAGAGGUACACUUAAGCUCCAGUCUGUGCUAAGAGUUCUAGGAUGAAUGCGCAGUAAACACUGGAGGUUUGAGGGUGUUCUCAACCUCAUGCCCUGUCGUGAUGCAUAAAAAUGAAGAUUGUUGCAUAGCUGAGCCAGAGCUGGCCAGAUUUUGUACCACAGUUCCUCGACAUGAAGCAGAUGAAUGGCCAGUGCAGCCACCAAGAGCUUGUUCCUAGGCACUAUAGUGGGACUGGACAGAAAACAUUGCAGUCUCUGAGAAGCCAGCUAGAACUUCCAAAGUUGGACAUGGACCAGUUCAGAGGUGCAACAGUCACAUCUAUCAGUCCCAUCCUUUGGGGUCCUCUAACCAUACCCUCCAACUUGUCGUUGCUUCCUAGGUUCUACUUCCCCUUUGUGAUUAUCCUCCAUCUUAAACUUGGCUCUCUCACCCAGCCCUCAAGUUAGAUCUGUUUUCUGGCCAGUUUCUCUGAGCCUCAGCUUCACUGAAAGACCUCCAGACCCUCCUGCUCCUAGGGCCUCCUGCAGAAAACCUCUAGAUGUACCUGCAUCCUUGUUCAUGUCUAAGCCUCUCCCCCAACCAUUAUCUAGCCCUCCAGAGCCCAUUGUGGGGCUGGGAGCAGCCUUUUCUGCUUUUCUUCUGGACCUGAGGUGUGUCCCUCCACCAAUUGUUCAAUUAUCAUAGUAGCUCAAUGUGUUCCUUUCCUGAGCCUCUCAUUAGACCUCACUGCCCUCUGUCCAUGGGGCUCUUGAGUGUGGUCCCCUCUCCUUCCAACAGGCCCUAUCAGAUCCUUGUGAUCCAAAUGAAGAGCUCAGAUUGUUUUGCUGAGUGUUUACAGUACCCCACUCCACACCUUUAAAUUUGGAGGACUGCCCCACCUUAAGUUCUGUCAUGGCUAUUGGGAACCCAGCCAAGAGUCCCGAUUGUCAAUAUCAGGACCCCGGUCAAGAAUUUCUAUAGUCAGUAUUGGGAACCUGGCCAAGAAUUUUGAUUAUCCGUCUCUAGAAUGCUGUGAGGAAAAUAAAAAAACAAGACAAGUAUCGUAUUCCAACAAUGGCUAGCCAAAAGGAUUACAACUCAAAGUCUCCACAGGGUGUAGGUACUCUUAUGUUUGGCAAAUCUUGGCCCAAGUAUAAUCCUGUGAUGAUUUAAGAAAGUGUAGAUGAUCUUAUGCUUAGAAGUAUCUUGUCCUUGAGUUUAAUCCUCAAAUAACUUAAGGCAUAGGCUUGGAAGAGUCAGUGGGAAAUCCCAAUCUUUCCUUUCAUCCCAGGGGGAAGUACACAAAAGCAGUCACUGUGAAUUUGUGAUCACCUGCUAUGGCAACUGACAGUGCUUCACUGAAUGGCAGGUGUUGCUUUCCCCUAUGGAGCCUUAUGACCUGCCCCAUUAAAGUUCUGGUGCUGUGGGCAGGCAUGAUGUGUGGACUGGUAUUUUCUCUGUCCCAGAAUCCCAGGAGGUAGUGGCAGAGCCUCAGCCUAGGGAAUCACCGGAAGACCAUCUACCUUCUCUACAGGAAGAUAGCUCCUCCUCACAAGUUCACAGAAUAAACCUUUUACCUGCUUACUCCA